GUCAGGUCAAAGACAUAAAAUCACCCUUUUAAAUAAUAAAUCACACUCUAGAGCUAGGCAUUUGGCUAAAUGAAUUAUUUCCAUUAUAUUGUAAUUAGUUUGUAAAGGUCAGACAUUUUAAACAUGUUUAUUAUUGUGACACACUGAGCAUCACUUCCUACUCUGUGAUGUCUUGCAUGUCAAUGAAGGGGUUUAUAUUCGAACUUCCCCUCCUGUGAAUAACAUCACAUUACCACGCUGCUGUACACGUUACAUGGUCUGGAUUUAGGAGUGAAAGACUACAAGAGGAUUUAAACUCCAGCUGUUGAUCAGAUUUGAAAGGGUGAUGGAAGGAAGUUCACAGUCGUCACUGUCAGAAGAGGACUCUUCCAGCAAAGAGCGCUCUUUACCUGAGGAGGAGAAUGAACUGCAGCCUGAGCAGGUGGAAGAAGCGGCACAGGGGGAGUCACUCCUCUCUGGUGAGGAGCAGUUAACCCUCAUCACAGAAAGCAUGUCAAUCACCUCCUCUGAUGAGGAGAAGCUUCAGCUCCUCAACAAAAACACUGAACUCCGGAGACUCAACAAAGAGCUGAUGAAGCUGAACGAGGAGUGGGAUCACAUCUACCACAGCACGAGUGUGGGCCUCCAGCAGCGUGUGACGGCCCUCGAGGAGGAGAGCAGGGCCCUCAAACAGCUCAACAGCCGACUGCUGCUCAAAGUAGAACAUGAACAGAACAAGAGGGAAUAUUAUGAACAAACGCUGAUGCAGGAACUGAAGAAGAACCAGCAUCUGCAGGAGUAUGUCAGACUGCUGGAGAGCCGACUGCACCAAACAGAUCUUCAGCAGUGGACUAGAGGGACUCAGACCCCAGAUAUCAGUGGCUCCUCAGACUCUCAUCUGGUCCAGAGCUCGUCUAAGCCAUCACUAGACGGGCGGUCGACUCCAGGGCUUCCGGUGUCAAAGUCCAGUCUCAGACUGGCUGGCAUGGGAGUGGAGAUGCAGUCUGACCCUGUGAGGGAGGUUCAGGAUCUUAAAGAACAGCUGGAGGCGCUGCGGUGUCAGACUAAAAUCUAUGAGGCUGAUUAUAAAACAGAGCAGAAGGAUCAUGAGCGCAUGCAGCAGGAGAAUAAGAGGCUGCGGCGCAGGGAGGCAGACAUGCGUCAGCAGAUGGCGCUGCUGCAGGAGCAGCUGAAGGUGUAUGAGGAUGAUUUCCGGAAGGAGCGCUCAGACAAACGCAUUCUCCAGAGACUGCUGAUGAAAAAAUCUCCAGCGGAGAAAGACCCGGUUCUGGUGCAUCGCUGCAACAACGAGCAGGACCGGCCCAGAUCAGACCGGAGGAAGCACAGAGAAGAGCAGCGCGGCGGAUACGUUUGUCCCAAACACUGCGAACAUCACGGCCAGCUGGACUUCCCCUGAACGCUGACAGACAAAUGCAUUCAUCAUAUUAAAGAAAUGCAUACAAGCUACUUUGUAUCUUUACAAAUAGUUACUUUUUAACUGUUUAUUUAUAUGAGGUUCCUAUUUUUUUACUGGAUUAUUCUUUCAUAUUGUUGAAAGGAUUGUUUGUAUAACGACUGUGUGGAAACUGUGUCUCAAUAUAAAUCUGAACUGCUUCACUGACUGAAAACAUGAAAAUCAAACAAUCCGUGUCAGACAGUAAAUACUGUAACUCUUUAUUAACCAAUCUAUUUGUUCUUACAAACCAACAGUACUAAGAGGAAACAAUUUAAGACGUUUCAGCACCUUUAAUGAUAAGGAAGCUCAUGGCCAUUGGAAUUUCCCUAUACUGAGCUCAUUCCUAAUGACUAACUGAAUAUUAUUAUUAUUAUUAUUAUUAUUUUUUUUCCAGGACAUUUGCUCAGUUCCAAGACAUCUCUGAAUUUGUGCUUUCACUGUACAUAGCCUAUGUUACAUAGGUCAGAUUUGGUUUUGUUUGUAUGUUUUUAGAUUGUAACGCAUUAGAACUGUCCUUAUAAUUACUUUUUUCAACUAUUUUGUUUUAAUAAAAUAUACAUUACCAUUGUA